ACGAGCCCCGACACACACACACACACACGCGCACGCCUGCAUCAUCAUCACCGCCGCCACCACCACCACCACCACCACACGUAUACUAUAGUGUACACAGCACGUGUACGCAGCAGGGUGGACGGGCAGGGCUAGGACUCGAUUUAGAUUGUGUACCGCGGUCGACCCGUGGCGGUGACGCCGAAUGAUUAUUAGCGCUCGCUGUAUACGUACGUAUACACACACACACACGCUGCGUACACGCAUAGUAGGGGUGCGGGGCAUACGACGCGGGGGUGGAUACGUCGGACACACACCUAGCACAGCUGGUGCGCACGUACACGUACGACAGUUGCACGUGUACACGCAGAGCGCUCACGCCCAGCGAGACCUUGACGCAGCCGCGCCCAGUGUACACAGCCGUACGCCUGAGAACUCGUAUCCCGGUGUGCACAUGCAUCGGGUACACGCGCCGACACGCAUGUGCAGUGUAAACACGGAUUCAUAGUGCACACGUACAGCUACACGCGUACAGCUACGUACAGUAUUCACGCAUCUACACAUUUGCGCAAACGCAGCAAAGCUACGAUACAUAGCUACCUCAAGCAUACACAGGCACAGCUCCCCCGUAUAUCCUACACACGCUCGUGGGGCAAGUGCUGUUAGCGAGAAUCCGCAAGCACCAAUCAGACACUCACUCGCAGACACGUUACUCAUCACACGCAGACACACGCGUAGCCUCACCCAUCACUCAUCUCACGCAUCUCGCUCACAUCUCACCACUCACCACCACUCACACCACCACCACCCGCGUCGCUUCGCGAUGAGGGCCAACACCCCUGGCGCCGCGCGGCUGCUGCGCAAGGCCUCCCCGUGCCCGCUGCUGCUGCUGCCCGGCGCGUCGGGCCUCGGAGGCGUCUCGGCGGGCACGGCCGCAGACAUGCGCGGCUGCUUCGCGCGCCUCCGCGCCCUCGUGCCCACGGUGCCCCCGGGCAAGCGCAUCAGCAAGACGGAGCUGCUGCAGCACGUCAUCGACUACAUCGGGGACCUGCAGCUGGCGCUCGACGGGGCCCCCGAGCCGGUUGGAGAGCCCCAGCAGCAGCAGCAGCAGCAGGACGACGAGGAGGAGGAGGAAGAGGAGCAGGAGGAGUUGCAGCAGAGGCGAAGGAGGAGGCAGCGAAGGGACGGGGGAGGCGGCCACCCCUGGGGCGAGAUGAUUCCUCUUCCUCCUCCUGCCGUGGGUAGCGAGCACCGUCGGCUGCCGUUGGUGCCCAUCAACCAGGCGACCGGGGUCAGGGCUCCAACCGUGACCUCAAGCUCCGCGGCGGCCGUACGCAGGGCGAGCGCCGAUGUCGGGGUGGAGUUUCUCCACGUGGACGCGACUGUUGACAAAUCACCUCAGCUCUAAGAACACUGCAUCGGAGCCAGAUACUGGUUUGCGGGCGGGCUUAGCCCCGAAUACCUCCAAGCGACGAAAGCCACCAUACCUCGCCCCCCUCCUCCUCCUCCUCUCGACUCUUUCUCGAUCACACGUUAGACCGUUUCGCCAGUGACCGCUGUAGAAUGUUUUUUUCCCCUUAUUUUGUCUCUCUCUCUCGUCCAAAUCCUGCCGCGCGUGUGGGCGCGCGUUGAGCCACACGGAAACUCCGCAGACCUCGUCUCAACCAAAUCAAAACUGGCACAGCCUCAAGAGUGAUAUCAAUGCAUCAUACGAGCUUUGUACAUAGUGACCACGAGUAAUAAUUAAUGAUGGUAAUGAUGAUAAUUAAUAAUCAGUGUACACGUGCGCCGCCGAUGCUGCUGCGGAGCUGAGUGUAUCGGGUGAAGUGUGCGUGCGUGUGUGCGUGCGUGUGUGUGCGCGCGUAUUCGAUGUACAUGUAAGUUACACCCAGGGGCUUCAUUUCUUUACGAGAUAUUUUCCGGAACGCUGCUCAGAGACUAGUUGGGAGUUGCGGGAUAUCGGGGUGAGGAACAAGCACGCCGAAACGUCAUAAUCCGAUAUUAGUGCAGCCCACUGCCCUACAAUUCCAAUAAACACGUUAAUAUAUAUAUUAAAAAAUAUACAAAUUAAAACAACCUGUUCAUAGUGCCAGGUUCAUUUGUUAAAAACCGGAUGAGCACCCAAGAGACCAGGAUGGAGUCUCGUGUGGAAGAGUGAACCCGGGUGGGUUUGGAGAGGGCCGUGGGAAUAAAACGUCACGUAGCAGCGUUCCGGACUCUUCCGGUUGAAAUCAAGCACUGCUCAUAAACACGUGGCGACGUGUCUGCAUGUAAAAUUGUACAAAUGUCGGUGAAUGUUAUAAUAAGACGAAAGGCGUGCACGGUUUUUAUAUAUAAAAUAAAAUAACUCGACGAGU